GGGUAUCGGUGUUUGUUUGCCUGUUUGGCAUUAUAGCCAACAUACUUAACAUUAUCGUUUUAACCAGAAAAGAAAUGAUUUCGCCAACAAAUGCCAUACUUACUGGACUGGCAGUUGCCGAUAUGCUUGUGAUGACCACAUACUUUCCAUACUCAAUACACAAUUUCAUACGCUAUGGACUGACCGAGAGCGAAAAAUAUAGCAAGGGUUGGGCUAUAUUUACCCUGAUACACGCACAUUCAUCAAUAGUAUCGCAUACCAUAUCAAUUUGGUUGACCGUAAUUCUGGCCGUUUGGCGGUAUAUAGCCGUUAGUUUUCCCACCGACAGUAAACAGUGGUGCAAUAUGUCUCGGGCCAAGUGUGUGAUCGUGUUCAUUUACGUAGCAUGUCCCAUAUUUUGUUUGCCCAACUAUCUCACAUUUACCAUCAACACUUACUAUGUGAACCACACCGACAUGGACACGUAUACGUACAAG